GUUGACUCUUUGGCCAACCUGGACGACGGGCGGACUUCCUGUGCUCUGCCUGGGGCCCACCGGAGUUCCUGAGGCAAUUUUGACCAUUGGGAUGCGAUACUGAGGUCAAAUAUUUCUCUUUAAUGGCUCCUUAGUGAUACGACGUCUGGCAUACUUAUCGCUCGUGAACGCAGCUAGGGAUAGGACCGAAGAAAGAGCAUCACAACAGCAGCAAUAUGGCUGAAGGUUGGCGCUGCCACAGCUGAUGAGGCUUGUUGGAGAUAACAGUAGGACACCACCACUAUUAUCUGUGCUUCUGCUCCACCACCAGGAGGUAACAGUAGCACACCACCACCACUAUUAUCUGUGCUUCUGCUCCACCACCAGGAGGUAACACUAGCACACCACCACCACCAUUGUCUGCACUUCUGCUCUUUUAAGACUGGCCUCUGUUGACCCCAGCUACAAAGCAUAAGAGACACACUGGCUAGAAGAUGACACCUGCAGUUAUCGGGAGGAUAUAACCUUCACACAAAUUCCACAAUCAUAAGGAAGAUGAAAUCUCAUGAGUGUACAGUGUGUGGCAAAACAUUCAGUCGUCUUGAUCACAUAAAACGGCACAAGAUGGUGCAUACUGGUGAUAAACCACACAAGUGUCCCGAGUGUGGAAAAAGAUUCAGUCUUCUUGGAAAUAUGAAUCAGCACAGGAUUUUGCAUACGGGUGAAAAACCUCAUGAAUGUCCAGAUUGUGGGAAAACAUUUAGUCGUCUAUUACAUUUAAAAAGGCAUGGAACGGUGCAUUCAGGUGAUAAACCUUUCGAAUGUCCAGUGUGUGGGAAAACAUUCAGCCGUCUUGAACAUAUAAAAAGGCAUAGGUUGGUGCAUACGGGUGAAAAACCACACGAGUGUCCUGAGUGUGGGAAAGCAUUCAGCUGCCCUAGUAAUUUAAAAACACACAGGAAAGUUCAUACGGGUGAUAAACCUUUAGAGUGUGCUGAGUGUGGAGGACAAUUUACAGAACGAAGGAGUUAUAUUAGUCAUAUGCUAAUGCAUACAGGGUAUAAGCGUCAUGAGUGUUCAGUGUGUGGGAAAACAUACAUCCGUCCUGAACAUUUGAAAAGGCACAUGAUGGUGCACACUGGUGAUAAACCCUUUAAGUGUCCAGAGUGUGGGAAAACAUUCACUGGUCUUGAAAAUCUGAAAAGGCACAGGAUGGUGCAUACUGGUGUUAAACCUUUUGAGUGUACCGAGUGUGGAAGAAGCUUUCCUGACCGUAGUAGUAUAAUAAGUCACAUGUUUGUGCAUUCGAGUGAUAAAUUUUAUGAGUGUCCAGAGUGUGGGAGAAGAUUUGACAAACUCAGAUAUAUGAAAAUUCAUAGAAAGUUUCAUACUGGUGUUAAACCUCUUGAGUGUGCUGACUGCGGGAGAAGAUUUACUGAACGUCGGAGGCUUAUAAAACACAUGUUAGUUCAUACUGAUUAUAAACCUUACGAGUGUCCUGUGUGUGGAAAAAAAUUCCGCCGUGUUGACCAUGUGAAAACUCAUAUGAUGGUGCAUACCGGAGAUAAGCCACACGAGUGUCCUGAGUGUGGAAGAAGAUUCAGUCUUCUUGGAAAUAUGAAUCAACACAGGAUUUUGCAUACGGGUGACAAACCUCAUGAAUGUCCAGAGUGUGGGAAAAUGUUCAGCCGUAUUUUACAUUUAAAAAGGCACAUGAUGGUGCAUUCAGAUGAUAAACCUUUCAAAUGCACUGUGUGUGGAAAAAAAUUUGGCCGUCUUGACCGUAUGAAAAAGCAUAUAAUGGUACAUAUGGGUAAUAAGCCCUUGAGUGUGCCAGGUGUCGGAGAAGAUUUACAAAAUGUAGCAGAAUUAUUAGUUGACUGAUUCAUCAUUCUGGGGAUGAACUCAUUAAACCUGAUGUCUUGUCUUGAGGAAAAGGUCUUAGUACCCAUAUUAAUUUUAAAAGGCAUUCAAUGGUGUAUGCAUUGGUUAUAUGUUGAGUGACAUUUAUUUUCAGAUUUUUAUAUAAUAGGCAUUAUUUAUAUAAUAGGCAUUAAUAAUAGGCAUUACUCCAACACGAAACUUGCAAGCAACAUCGUGAAGAUGCUGUGCUGUCACCUUGGCAGUUGGACAUCUGUAAAGCUACUUUUGUUUAUAUAGUUUUUCUUACAAUUUUUUCUUAGAAGGUUAGAUGCUCCUCAUAAACCAAGCAAGCACCAGGGAAGCUGCCAGUGUAGAAGGUUAGAUGUUCCUCAGACCAAGCAAGCACCAGGGAAGCUGCCAGUGUAGAAGGUUAGAUGCUCCUCAGACCAAGCAAGCACCAGGGAAGCUGCCAGUGUAGAAGGUUAGAUGUUCCUCAGACCAAGCAAGCACCAGGGAAGCUGCCAGUGUAGAAGGUUAGAUGUUCCUCAGACCAAGCAAGCACCAGGGAAGCUGCCAGUGUAGAAGGUUAGAUGCUCCUCAUAAACCAAGCAAGCACCAGUGAAGCUGCCAGUGUAGAAGGUUAGAUGUUCCUCAGACCAAGCAAGCACCAGGGAAGCUGCCAGUGUAGAAGGUUAGAUGUUCCUCAGACCAAGCAAGCACCAGGGAAGCUGCCAGUGUAGAAGGUUAGAUGUUCCUCAGACCAAGCAAGCACCAGGGAAGCUGCCAGUGUACAAGGUUAGAUGUUCCUCAGACCAAGCAAGCACCAGGGAAGCUGCCAGUGUAGAAGGUUAGAUGUUCCUCAGACCAAGCAAGCAACAGGGAAGCUGCCAAUGUAAAAGGUUAGAUGCUCCUCAUAGACCAAGCAAGCACCAGGGAAGCUGGCAGUGUAGAAUUUUAGAUGCUCCUCAUAGACCAAGCAAGCACCAGGGAAGCUGGCAGUGUAAAAGGUUAGAUGCUCCUCAUAGUUCAAGCAAGCACCAGGGAAGCUGGCAGUGUAGAAGGUUAGAUGCUCCACAUAGACCAAGCAAGCACCAGGGAAGCUGCCAGUGUAGAAGGUUAGAUGCUCCUCAUAGACCAAGCAAGCACCAGGGAAGCUGCCAGUGUAGAAGGUUAGAUGUUCCUCAGACCAAGCAAGCACCAGUGAAGCUGCCAGUGUAGAAGGUUAGAUGCUCCUCAUAAACCAAGCAAGCACCAGGGAAGCUGCCAGUGUAGAAGGUUAGAUGUUCCUCAGACCAAGCAAGCACCAGGGAAGCUGCCAGUGUACAAGGUUAGAUGUUCCUCAGACCAAGCAAGCACCAGGGAAGCUGCCAGUGUAGAAGGUUAGAUGCUCCUCAUAAACCAAGCAAGCACCAGUGAAGCUGCCAGUGUAGAAGGUUAGAUGCUCCUCAUAAACCAAGCAAGCACCAGGGAAGCUGCCAGUGUACAAGGUUAGAUGUUCCUCAGACCAAGCAAGCACCAGUGAAGCUGCCAGUGUAGAAGGUUAGAUGCUCCUCAUAGACCAAGCAAGCACCAGGGAAGCUGCCAGUGUACAAGGUUAGAUGCUCCUCAUAAACCAAGCAAGCACCAGGGAAGCUGCCAGUGUACAAGGUUAGAUGUUCCUCAGACCAAGCAAGCACCAGGGAAGCUGCCAGUGUACAAGGUUAGAUGCUCCUCAUAGACCAAGCAAGCACCAGGGAAGCUGCCAGUGUAGAAGGUUAGAUGCUCCUCAUAGACCAAGCAAGCACCAGGGAAGCUGCCAGUGUAAAAGGUUAGAUGCUCCUCAUAGUUCAAGCAAGCACCAGGGAAGCUGCCAAUGUAAAAGGUUAGAUGCUCCUCAUAGACCAAGCAAGCACCAGGGAAGCUGCCAGUGUAGAAGGUUAGAUGUUCCUCAGACCAAGCAAGCACCAGGGAAGCUGGCAGUGUAGAAUUUUAGAUGCUCCUCAUAGACCAAGCAAGCACCAGGGAAGCUGGCAGUGUAAAAGGUUA